AUGGCUCCCGCUGGCGACGUGCCGACUCCGCUUGCUCCAGGUGCUGCUGGUGUGCAUGGGAAGAAGCCGUCGGAUGCGUGUCUGGAUCCGGUGACUCCUAAGACGCUUUUCAACGGCGUGGCCGGCUCUUUCGGCGCGGAGAUGGUUAACAAACUGGCGGAACGUACGUCGGCCCUCAAGCUGGAUGAUCUGCCGGCGGGUGGGAAAGGAAAUGACGUGGAUAAGCCGACCGCUGCUGGAGGCUCGUCGUCGAUGCCUGAGGUGCUUGAAAAAGGCAAAGCGAAAGCGGAGGACAAGGACAACGAUGACGGUGACCUCAGUGACGAUCCAGACGAGUGUCAAUACCCGGAGGUGCUCAACGAAAUCGCUGCGCAGGCGGGAUUUGCCAUUACCCUGCUGAUUCCGUUUGCCUGGAACAAGGAAGUUCCCCGCACCAUCAAUACGGUCCGGCAUCUCCUGCUGGUGUGGGGAAAGCACCUGUGGUCGCAGCAGCGGACCCCCAAGUUGACUUCUGUGUCGCCUCCCCCCCAAGCAGCUGCUUCUCUGAAGCUGUCAGCGGCGGCGAAGAUCAUCAUCGCAGACCCGGCAAUUUCCCUAUCCUCGGUGGGAGGGGUCCGGGAGGAAUGGAUUUGCGUGCAAGAGGAGUGCGGGAAGGCUCAUGGGAACAACUUCGAACAGGCGGUGGAGCAUGUUCAGUCCCAGCGCCACUGUACCGGCCUGCUCAAGGCGGGUGCUGCUACCCAGCAGAGCAGGGGAAAGUAG